CCGUGCGCUACUACAACCCGGCCGGCCGCUCCCACUACACCCUGCAUCCUGCCUCCCCCGGUACAUCCUCUGCAUCCCGCAUCCUGGUGUGCAUCCUGCACCCCACAUCCCCGCACGCAUCUCGCAUCCCACAUCCCUGCGGGCCGGGGAUGUGGCAGAGGCCGUAGCGGGAAUAUGGGCGGGAACCACUCCCACAAGCCCCCGGUGUUUGACGAGAACGAGGAAGUCAACUUUGACCAUUUUCAGAUUCUGCGGGCCAUUGGUAAAGGAAGUUUUGGAAAGGUAUGCAUCGUGCAGAAGCGGGACACAAAGAAAAUGUAUGCCAUGAAGUAUAUGAACAAGCAAAAGUGCAUCGAAAGGGACGAGGUGCGGAACGUGUUCCGGGAGCUGCAGAUCAUGCAGGGGCUGGAGCACCCGUUCCUGGUGAACCUGUGGUACUCCUUCCAGGAUGAGGAGGACAUGUUCAUGGUGGUGGACCUGCUGCUGGGCGGGGAUCUGCGUUACCACCUGCAGCAGAAUGUGCACUUCACAGAGGGGGCCGUGAAACUGUACAUCUGUGAGCUUGCGCUGGCCCUGGAGUACCUGCAGAGGUACCACAUCAUCCACAGAGACAUCAAGCCGGACAAUAUCCUGCUGGACGAACAUGGACACGUGCACAUCACCGACUUCAACAUCGCCACGGUGGUGAAAGGAGCAGAGAAGGCUUCCUCCAUGGCCGGCACCAAGCCCUACAUGGCCCCGGAAGUCUUCCAGGUGUAUGUGGACGGAGGCCCUGGCUACUCAUACCCUGUUGACUGGUGGUCUCUGGGUGUCACAGCCUACGAGCUGCUUCGGGGCUGGAGGCCAUAUGAAAUCCACUCAGCCACAUCCAUCGAUGAGAUCCUCAACAUGUUCAAGGUGGAGCAUGUCCACUAUUCCUCCACGUGGUGCAAGGGGAUGGUGGCCCUGCUGAAGAAGCUGCUGACCAAGGAUCCCGAGAGCCGCCUGUCCAGCCUCAGUGACAUUCAGAGCUCACCCUACUUGGCUGACAUGAACUGGGACGCAGUGUUCAAGAAAGCACUGAUGCCCGGCUUUGUGCCCAAUAAAGGGAGACUGAACUGCGACCCCACCUUUGAACUCGAAGAAAUGAUUCUAGAAUCCAAGCCACUUCACAAAAAGAAGAAGAGGUUGGCCAAGCACAGGUCCAAGGACAGCAGGAAGGACAGCUGUUCCCUGAACGGACACCUGCAGCAGUGUUUGGAGGCCGUGCGGAAGGACUUCAUCAUUUUCAACCGAGAGAAACUCCGGAGGCAGCAGGGACAGGAUGGCCAGUGCUCAGAGUUUGAAGGCCGAGUGGGAAGCCAAACCUCAAGCAAGAUCCAGGAUGGUCGUAACAACAAUAUCUUGACCCACACAUGCCCAGGAGGCUGCAGCAGCUAAGUCCUUCCCGCAGCCGGCUGCCCAGGUGGCACGCU